CUCCUCCUACGCUUACUUUCCCACUGCUCAGGUCGAAUUCCCGAUUUUCAAAACUUUCCCACGCUUUCUUCUCUCUCUGAAUUUCUGCUUCGGUUCCAUAUUUCAGCAAUUGCAAACAAAUGUCUCUGAGCAUGACGCACCAGAUCGGGGCCCUUGCCGGAACACCGAUUCCAGUGGAGACCGGGACCACAACCGGAGAGUCUACGGCGACUCUGAGCGCAUCCGCUGUGUGGAAACCUUCGGCGUCAAGUCUCAGAUGCAGGGUCCAAAAACCAGACAUUGUCGACGCGAUAUCUCCGCCGCUGAGCCCUUGCCGGUCUCCAAUUCUAGGGGCGACCCGGCCAGAUCUAACGGUGGCCUGCCGAGCAUUCGCGACGGAGCUGAAAGAACCGGCAACGGAGACUUCCGCGAGGGAGUACAGGGAGGGGGUUGCGCAGGAUAAGGGGAACGGGGUUCCAGUCUACGUAAUGAUGCCUCUAGAUAGCGUGACGAUGAACAACACGGUGAACAGGAGGAAGGCGAUGAACGCGAGCUUGCAGGCUCUGAAGAGCGCUGGGGUUGAGGGUGUGAUGAUGGACGUGUGGUGGGGAUUAGUCGAGAGGGACGCGCCGGGUGUGUACAACUGGGGAGGUUACACCGAGCUCCUCGAAAUGGCAAAGAAGCACGGUCUCAAGGUCCAGGCCGUCAUGUCGUUUCACCAAUGUGGCGGAAACGUCGGCGACUCCGUCACUAUUCCUUUGCCCAAGUGGGCUGCGGAAGAGAUUGAUAGAGAUCCGGACCUUGCAUACACUGAUCAAUGGGGAAGGAGGAAUUAUGAGUAUGUAUCACUUGGUUGUGAUACCCUCCCAGUACUCAAGGGCCGAACGCCGGUCCAGUGUUAUGCUGACUUCAUGCGUGCCUUCAGAGAUAACUUCAAACACUUACUUGGUGACACCAUCGUGGAAAUCCAAGUCGGAAUGGGUCCUGCAGGGGAGCUCCGAUAUCCUUCCUAUCCAGAGCAGAAUGGGACAUGGAAGUUCCCGGGAAUCGGUGCCUUCCAGUGUUAUGACAAGUAUAUGCUGAGUAGCUUGAAAGCUGCUGCUGAAGCUGCCAGUAAGCCGGAAUGGGGCAGUACAGGCCCCACUGAUGCUGGCCAGUACAACAAUUGGCCGGAAGACACCCCAUUUUUCAAAAAAGAAGGUGGAGGUUGGGAUGGCCCUUAUGGUGAAUUCUUUCUGGGCUGGUACUCCCAGAUGCUUCUAGACCAUGGGGAGAGAAUACUUGCAUCAGCCAAAUCGAUCUUUGAGAAUACAGGUGUUAAAAUUUCGGUCAAGGUUGCAGGCAUCCACUGGCACUACGGGACUCGAUCCCACGCCCCUGAGCUCACAGCUGGGUAUUAUAACACUCGAUUUCGAGAUGGUUACCUUCCUAUUGCCCAGAUGUUGGCCCGUCAUGGUGCGAUCUUCAAUUUUACUUGCAUUGAGAUGCGUGAUCAUGAGCAGCCACAGGAUGCCCUUUGUGCACCUGAGAAGCUUGUCAGGCAAGUGGCUUUAGCCACUCAGAAAGCACAGGUCCCACUUGCUGGGGAAAAUGCAUUGCCUCGCUAUGAUGAAGAUGCACAUGAGCAGAUCCUUCAGGCAUCGUCAUUGAAUAUAGAAGGAGAUUCACAGGACAGAGAGAUGUGUGCAUUCACGUACUUGAGGAUGAACCCGCAGUUGUUCCAGGAGGAUAACUGGAGGCGGUUCGUGGCAUUUGUGAAGAAGAUGAAGGAAGGAAAGGAUGCCCACAGGUGUCGGGAGCAGGUGGAGCGGGAAGCUGAGCAUUUUGUGCAUGUUACCCAACCUUUGCUGCAGGAAGCUGCUGUUGCUCAUAUGCACUAAGAAUUUUAGGUCAUGCCUGCUUUUGAACUUGGGACACUAGGGGGUAGAACAAAGUCAUAUAGUGACAAAAGAUGGGACUCUACCCUGUUCGUGUUCUAUAGCUCUUUUCUUUAAUUUUAAUAUGUAUCGAAAUGUUUAAUGUUGUCUUAUAAGAUGGACAAUUAUAGACUUUGAAAGUGUAUAAUGUCGUCUUAUCAGAUGGGGAUUAUAGGGUUGGUUGUUCAAAAUGCACUGUCUUCUCUCUCUUAAUUGGAUAAUACGUAAUUAUAUAUA